AUGAUAAAUGAUACGAGUGAUACUUCUGUGGAUAUUGAUAAAGAACUUUAUCCCGCUCUGAUUCAAUGCUUCUUUAUAAUUGCUGUCGGUUAUGUUGCUGGUCAACUAAAUUUAUUGACACGCACACAAUCGACAGGUCUUUCACGUUAUAUCAGUAACUUCGCUUUACCUGCUGUAGUAUUUAAAAAUCUCGUUGACUUACAAUUUGAAAGAGUAUCAUGGCAAUUUAUUACAUCUGUACUUGUUGCUAAAACAAUUGUUUUUCUCUUGACAGCACUUUUAACUGGUAUAGGUGAACGUCCGAGGAAUUUUGCAAGCAUGGGUUUACACGCAAUAAUGGCAUCGCAAAGUAAUGAUUUCGCAUUGAUUCUACCCAUAAUUGAUGCUGUAUACAGCCAAUCACAUCCAGAUUAUGGACGGUAUAUAUAUCUAUUAGCUCCAAUAUCUUUAGUCAUACUGAAUCCAAUCGGUUUGCUUCUAAUUGAAAUACAGAAACGUUUAGAUGAUCAAAAAAAGCAUCCUAACAUAUCUAUAUGGCAUCGUUGCCAACUAAUUAGAAAAAUAUUUAGUAAUAUAAGUCGCAAUCCAAUUGUGAUAUGUACAUUACUUGGCGUUGUCUUUAAUCGAAUAUUCAACGAACAUUUACCGAAUAUCAUUGAACAUAUAUUAACACCAGUGGCACAAUCCUUUAGCGCAACGGCAUUAUUUUAUCUCGGUUUAACAAUGGCUGGUAAAUUACGUCGUCUGCAUACACAUCUUGUUGUAACCGUAUUUGCUCUGAGUAUGAUUAAAUUAAUUUUAUUUCCAUUAAUAUUACGUCAAGCCGUCUUUCUAUUUGUUAAAUCAACGAAAGGAACUUUAAAUAAUACAAUUGAUUUUUCAAAUUUCGGUUUUCUAUAUGGAACAGCACCAACUGCACCAUCAGUUAUAUUUUAUGUACCUGAAUCAAAUGCUGCAUUACAAACGAUUGCUUCAACGGGUCUAAUUUUUUCCACUUUACUUUCGAUACCAAUAAUGCUUGUAUCAGCGAAAAUGAUUAAUUUAAGAACAUUAGAUAUAAAACUGAAACAAACAUAUGAAUCAAUGCUAAUAAAAACAUCGUAUGAUGUUAGUAUGAUAUCAUUACUUUGUACGAUUAUUGUUCUUGUUGGAUUUUCUUUACGAUAUCGUCUAUUAAGAAGGUCACCUAUUCAUAAAUAUACAUUUAUUUUCGUUGGCCUACAAAUGAUAUAUGCUAUUUGGACAAUAUCAAUUCAAUAUGUGCAACUACCUAUAUCGGGAACAGCUUCAAUAAUAGUUGAUACAGGUAGUAUUCUACUAGCUCUAACAACGCGUUCGUGGGCAACAAGUAUUUCAAUUGCUUUGAUGAUAUCAUUUUGUUAUUCAAACGAACGUGCUCAUUAUUUUUUCUGGUUAUAUCAUUUAUUUGGUUGGCUUGUUCCUAUUUGUACCACUCUUAUAAUAUAUUAUCAAUCGUCCAUCGAUCGAUCAAGAAGCGAAUCGUCGAUGGAUACAGAAAAAUUUGGAACUGUUCAAACUAGUGCUUCAGUCUGUUUACUUGCUAUAUGUAUUAUAAUUACUUCUUCAAAUCUUCUUCGAAUUGCUCGGCGUACAUAUCGAUUAAAACAAAAUGCAAGUGAAACUCAACCAUUAAUUAAUGAGGGAAGUGAAUAUACGGACAGUCAAACAACACUACGAUCACUUUCUAUAGAUCUAAAACCAUCCGAAUACAGUACACAAUGGCUUCGCCAUUCAGUACUUGUAGGCCUAUUGAAUAUAAAUGCUUUUGUUUGUAUAUCGGCUUUAUUAUGGUCCUUAUUAACAAGAAAUCGUGAUGGUGUUUAUUAUGAAUUACAAUUUCUUGACACUGUUCUAUUACAUGGACAAGGCAUCAUUACAUUUCUUGUUUUUGCGCUUGAUGCUGAUUUAUUAUUACCUAUAAGUCGAAAAAUUAUUAAAUUAUUGAAUCGUUUUGGUUUAAAAAUAGAGUUUUCUCGAAAUCAUACUCAUUGUCGACAUUCAGAAAAUGAGAGACCAUUAGAUUUUACCGAAAAAAUUCGAUCAAAUUUUAUUCGAUAUUCCAUACGAACACAAAGUGCAAGUGGUUCUGUGGAAAACAUUGAAACAACAUUUAAUGAGAAUGAGUUUUGUCAAUGGCUUGUAACAAACGGUCAUAUGGAAAAUGAAUCAAUAGCUCAUGACUAUUGUCAAGAAUUGGUGAAUAAAAGACAAAUAAUUUGUAUUGAUCGCACAGAAAAUGAAAAUAGUCAAGAAUUCGAUAAUCAUUGGUAUGCCUUUUCCAAAUAG